UGGCAAGUGAAGAUGAUUGUGGCGAAAACACAAAAAACAGCAACAACAUCAGCUACAGGGACAUCAAGGAUGGGGAUGGUGUCAACAACGACAAUGAUGGGGGGGUUGACGUCCACGGCUGCAGCAUGAUGGGAGUGAUACUGCAGGUGGAUGCGGAAGAUAAUGGAGACGUCAACAACAACAACAACAACUACAACAACAACAACAACAACAACAAUGACAACAACAACAACAACAACAACAGCAACAGCAACAAUAAUUAUGGGAGCGAUGGUGGCAGUGACGAUCAAGGCAACAGCAGGGCAGAGAGUGGUGUCCGUGCAUCCGACAUCGUCAUCCGCAAAAUGGGUGAGAACAUCAACAUCAAUAACGACAACGACAACAACAAUAACAACAACAACGGUGAUGAUGGCGGGGGCGACGUCCACGGAAGCAGCAUGAAGGGUGUGAUGCCGGAGAUGGACAUGGAUGAUAACGGUGGUGACAAAAACAACAACAACAACAACAUCAACAACAAUAACAACAACAUCAACAACAAUAACAACAACAACAACAACAACAAUGAUGAUGAUGAGGAAGGCGGCAGCCUCGGCUGCCACAUGAGGGGAGUGAUGCAGCAGAUGGAUGUGGAUGAUAAUGGAGACGACAACAACAACAACAACGAUGGACGGGGCGACGUCCAUGGAAGCAGAAUAAUGGGUGAGAUACUGCAGGCAGACGCGGAUGGAAUGGGGGUGAACACAGGAAACUGGUUUUCUGACUUCCGCCUUGUUAUAUUUUGUUGCCUCGAUAUGGAGUUGCUUCUCGUUGCCUGCCAGAGGAUAGGAGUAGGAUAGUCAGUGAGGAUUGGUGUUGCCCGACCCGCAAUACCAAUCAACAACGGGGUGGUGA